AUGGAGGACUUAUUGAAUGAAAUAAAAGCUGAAAGGCUGUACAAGGUACUAACUCCCCAAGGUUGUGACAAAGACGCAGGAACAACGGUCCCUGCUGUGUGUGAGGGGGCUCAAGGACCCGCAGUACCUGACCCUUCCUUGAACUCUGAUUCAGGACUCAAUAGUAGUUUGGCACAGUUUGUUGGCACAAUGGAGCAGUUGGCUGUGAAGUCAGCCCUACCUCCCCUUGAGGUAGUCAAGUUUAGUGGUGAUCCGUGUCAGUAUAACACGUUUACUUCAAGGUUCAACACCAUGGUGCACUCCCAGAAUAUCAGCGAUUCGCAAAAGAUGGCUCGCCUCCUGCAGUUUGUGGACGGUCGAGCGAAGACGGCCAUCUCUGGGUUUGAUGGCGUUCAGGGUGGUUUAGAGAAAUCUCUGGCCAUCUUGAAACGUAGGUUUGGUCAGCCACACAUGAUAACAGAGGCAUGUGCUGAAGCCCUUGUUAACGGACCAAACAUAGCAUCCAAUGAUACGGAAGCGCUGAAUGACUUUGCUGACAAAUCCCGUACCGUACUGGAGACGCUAGUAUCCAUUGAUGCUCUUGGUGAAAUGAACAUGGCCAACCUAUCAAAAAUGUCUCGUAAGCUUCCACUGCCAUUACAGUACAAGUGGCGUGAUCAGGCGCAGAAAAAACGAGACUUAGGUGGUACAGUUAAAUUGCAGGAACUGGUCAAGUUUAUUGAAAGGUCGGCCGAUGCUGCAAACGAUCCAAUCUUUGGUAGGGUUGGUGAAACCAAGAGGGAUAAGCCAAAACCAACUUCACAUGUCGCAUCAGGAAUUGUGAAAGAAAAGAAAAGAAACUUUUCAACUCAGGUUCAGGCUAAGAUUAAGAAUAACCCUGCGCCAGCGCGUAAACGAGAAUGCUACGAAUGUAAAUCGAAUCAUUUACUCAAGGAAUGUCCUGACUUUAAAGCAACUGAUUAUAAACAUCGCAGCAGUGUAGCCAGGGCAAACGGCCUUUGUUUUAACUGCCUUUUCAAGGAUAAUUUUAUUGCGGACUGUAAGACAGCCCCCCAGUGCACUGAAUGUACUGGGAAACACCAUACUCUGUUGCAUCGUGAUACAGAGACCAAGCCCAAGUCUGUGGACAACUACGCAAUCGGCUCCGGUACAACCAACUCAAAAAUCGCCCUACAGACAGUGCCAGUAAGAAUUAUUGGGCCUGAUGGUGCGAGCAUCAAAACAUUUGCACUCUUAGAUUCUGCAAGCGAGGAAUCCUUUUUCGACGCCAAAUUAGCCAAGAAGUUGAAAAUUGGGAGUGAUGGGCAGGAACAGUUGAACGUUUGUACUAUGACUGGGGAAUCUACAGUCAAGGUUGGUAAAAGCGUGUUGCAGUUAAAACCAGCCACAGGGGACACUCCAGGCGGGCUUGCCAUAAAUGUACCAGUUAAAGUAGUGGAGGAUUUCAGCAUUGACACGAACCGGCCUGCUGAUCUUUCGAAAUGGUCACAUCUGAAGGGAAUAACCAUACCUGAGGUUGACGAGGACCAAGUUCACUUGCUGAUAGGAACUAAUGUGCCCGCUGUACAGAUUCAUCUAGAAAGUCGGAUUGGUGAAGAAAACGAACCGUUUGCAGUCCGUACUGUCUUAGGAUGGUCAGUAUUUGGUCCCCUUGGAGGAGGUCAACGACAGCCGAAGGUCAAGGUCAACUUUCUGAGACACAAUGCAACAGAAAUCAUUGAGUCCCAGAUGGCUCAGCUCCUCGAACUUGACAAUGUUGGGGUCGCCAAAAAGAAAGGGAUGUCGAUUGAAGAUCGACGGGCCCUGACUAAAUUGGAGGCUUCAACCAAACGGAUCGACGGCCGAUACGAGGUAGGGAUGUUAUGGAAGGCGGACGACCCCUGGCUGCCAAACAACAAGACAAUGGCGGAGUCAAGGUUAGAGUCCCUGCGGAGAAAAUUGUCAGAAUGGAACUUUCAUGUGGACACUGAAGGAUUCACUGUAACACUUCAUUGGAAGAAAGCGGACCAUGUCAUUAAAGAGAGUUCUGAAAAUUCACCGGUACUAUUUGCUAAUCGCCGCAGAUCCAUACGUAAACGGGAAAGAGACAAAAGGCGGUUGGCCGACUAUUUGGAAAGGAAAAGAAUUAAGGACAGUGCGGGGAAGCGCAAAGGCGACAUUAAAGAACAGUCAAAGACGGACAUUGGCUAUCAUUCACAGCAAUAUGGCGACAAAAAUACCGCCAAAUCGUCAUCCGACCCUCGCACAUAUUCAACGACUAUGGACACGCCAAAUGUUCUCAAACAAGUGAUCGCACCUCCUUGUUACAGGGAGAUGGUCGAAAAGCGGCCGAUGUUCUUCCAUUGGCCUGAGGGAGGACAAGAACCCGUCGCGAGCAGCAGACUACAACACCUGCCACAUCACGCUGUUUUCCACCCACGGAAACCAGACAAGGUCAGGGUGGUGUUCGACGCUGCCGCUAAAUACCAGGGAGUUUGUCUUAAUGACCAACUAGUGAAUGGUCCUGACUUGACCAAUAGUCUCCUAGGCAUCCUUGUGAGGUUUCGAGAAAAGCCGGUCGCCAUUGUCGGCGAUAUUGAGGGUUUCUUCCUGAGGGUGGGUGUGCCCGAAGACGACAGCGAGGCUCUUCGUUUUCUAUGGUGGGAAAACGGAGACCUGGACGGCCAGGUUGUUGUGUGCAAAAUGACAAGACAUAUUUUUGGGGCCAAAGACUCUCCAAGCUGCUGCUAUUAUGCUUUGAAGAGAACCGCCAAAGAUGCUCAGGAACGGUUCAGUAGUGAGAUUGUUACAUCUGUCGAGAGACAGUAUUACGUGGAUGAUCAUCUAAGCUCAUUGCCAAACACAGCCAAGGCUAUCGAUGCAGUCAGAGACAUUACAGCGAUAACAGCUACCGGAGGCUUUCGGACAACUGGUUAG